GAGCCUACGGAUAUCCGUAACGAAUAUCAGUGCUACGAGUGAACAUGGCUUCUGCGCCGCUUCGCAUGACUCUAAAAGACCUUUUCACCGUUAUAAUUAUUUCUAGCUAUAUUUCACGCUGCUGUGGAUUUAAUUUAGAUGUACGGUUUCCGGUGGUGAAAGAAGGAACGACUAAGGGCAGUUUUUUCGGACUUUCCGUGGCGCUUCACAAUCAGACAGACGGAUCUAAAAGUCGAUAUCUGCUUCUCACAGGUGCACCAAAGGAGAAAGCCCAACCAUUCCUGAAGGUCAAUGAGACGGGUGCUGUGUACUCCUGCCCAAUCACCACGGAUACAGCUGACUGUACCAGGAUGGACCUGAUCACCUCAACAAACCCUUUGGAGAUGCUUGAGGGCAUGUGGCUCGGGGUAACAGUGGCCAGUCAGAGGGACUACCCUGGUGGAAGAGUGCUGGCAUGUGGUCACCGCUACGUGAAAGUGAUCAAAGACGACCUGUGGCGUAUGAUAGGGAUGUGUUAUGUACGGGGUAAUGACUUAACCUAUGAUGACAGUGAUGACUGGCAGAGCUACAGAUACGAGAACUGCAACCCCAACUUUGACAUGAAGGAAGAGGGAAUGUGCAACAUGGGCAUCUCUGGUGGCAUAACCAAGACAGAUGUCUAUGUUGGCUCCCCGGGCAGUUAUUGGUGGCAAGGUAACGUCCAUGUCACAUGGAGAGACCCCAACCCUGCAAACUUCUUGGAUUCCACCAAUGCCUUCCAAAACCUGAACAAGCAUUAUAGCUACAUAGGUUACUCUGUAUUGGAGGAGAAGAAGGUUCUGGAUAAGAAUGCGUACACAGUGGUCACAGGUGCUCCUCGGUAUGACUUCAAGGGCUGUGUCAUCCUAGCAGUGAAGGGGGACACCAGCCUGCAGCCUACAGUUUACUUAUAUGGCGAACAAGUGGGCUCUUACUUUGGAAACAGCAUCGCCAUCACCGAUCUUAAUAAUGAUGACUGGAAUGAUUUGAUUGUGGGGGCCCCGUUUUACUUUGACCGAAAGAAGGAAGAAGGUGGGGCUGUGUACAUCUUCAAGAAUGUUAAUGGCUACUUCCAUGAGGAGGCCACCAUGGUGUUGUGGGGUGCCACAGACUCUGGGUUCGGGAUGGCUGUAGCUGCCAUCGGAGAUGUUAACCAGGAUGGUUUCCAAGACUUUGCUGUGGGUGCCCCUUUUCAUGAUUCUGGGAAGGUCUAUAUUUGGAUGGGCAGCCAGAUGCUUAUCUCCAAAAGGCCAAGUCAGAUUAUAGAUGGAAGUGGUGUCACCAAUGGAGGCUUCCAGACCUUUGGCUACUCUAUUAAUGGUGGAAUGGAUAUGGAUGACAACGGCUACCCCGAUGUUCUUGUGGGCUCUCUUGAUGAUCGUGUCGCUCUACUCAGGGCACGGCCUGUCAUUCAUCUUGAGAAAACUUUCUCAGUGAGUCCCAGAAUUGUGGACCCCAGUGAUUGCCUCCAUGCUGAGCAGUCCUGUGUGACACUGGAGGUGUGCUUAUCAUACACCCUGAGCAACGGCAACAAAGAUUUCAAGAGGAAUAUCACUGUUAAUUACACAGUGGAGGCAGAUCGGGAGCGGCGCAACUCUCGCGUCUUUUUUCUUGACAACAAGCAGAGCAUCUACACAGGAUUUCUUUCCAUGCCAUCCACCAGGUGUCAGGUCUUGAACCUCACUCUUGUGGUAAGAAUUCGGGACCGAAAAACUUUGGACAAGCUUGCACCAGUUGUGUUCUUCCUGAACAUAAGCCUGUAUGAGCAGACUCCUAAAGCCCGUCGAGCCCUCCAGAACCUUGACGCCUUUCCAGUGCUGAGUGAGAAACAGAGUUUAUGGGAGAAAACUGAGAUUAACUUCCUGAACGCUUGUGGAUCAGACAACAAAUGCACAAGCAACCUGCAGCUGACAGCCAAGUUUGCCAGUGAAGGCCUUAUACCAUUCCCCAGCCAGGGUAACAGCCAGGUACUGGCAUAUGACACCAGCAUGAAGAAGGUGGUGCUGCUGGUGAACGUGACAAACCUGUCAUCCAAUGGCACAGUGGCUGAAGAUGCCCACCAGGCCAUGCUCAAAAUCACAGUUCCGCCUUCACUGCGCUACUCUGGCUAUCGAGCAACGGACCCAAGCAUUCAGUGCCAGCCAGAAGACACCCUGUUACUACUGUUAUGUGAACUGGGAAACCCUUUUGCUGGUGGAAAGAUGGCUGAACUUCGCAUAACAUUUGAGGCACAUGGGAUUACUCUAUAUACAAGAGAUAUCCAGUCUCAACUGCAGCUUUCAACGGUGAGUGAGCAGAGUGAUCUAAAACCUGUGUUCGCAAUCCUGGUGGUGGAGUAUACAAUACAGACAUCCUUUUCAGUAGACCCACCUGAGAUGAAUACAUACUUUAGUGGGAAGGUGAUUGGCGAGUCAGCCAUGAACUCAACCAGCAAUGUCGGAAGUCCAGUUGAGUUCACCUUCACAGUGGGGAUGCAGGGAGCGCCCCUAGGCACCAUGGGGACCCUGGAGGUGCAUUUUGAGUGGCCUUAUGAGGUGUCUAAUGGCAAGUGGCUGCUGUACCUCACGGAGAUUCUUACCACGGGGACAUCAGAGACACACUGCGUACCCCCUGGGAAGGUGGUCAACUUUCUGAACCUCACAUUGUCAGAAAAUGGGAAGCAACGGCUCAGGAGGGAGGCAGAGAAGACCCACAGCAGAGAGCCACAAUCAUCCAUUACUGGGAAGGCAACAAGAAAAACUUACUUACUGGACUGUGAAAAGGGUACUGCUCACUGCCAGAAGUUCUCCUGCCCUCUCCAUAACAUGAGCAACGUUGCAAAGGUGAUUGUACGGACACGGGUGUGGAAUAGCACCAUGCUGGAGGACUAUGCCGAUGCUUUUCGAGUGCAGGUCAAAGGCAAAGCAACGCUGAAGCUUGCGACUAACAUAUCAACCAUCAAGAUAAUUUCUGAUACCAGAGAGUUUACCCUGGAUAUUGACCCAAAUUUAGGGGUUGAAAAAAAAUAUGAGGCUCCCUUGUGGAUUAUCAUCUUGGCUGCCCUGGCUGGUGCUCUACUUCUGGGCCUGAUCGUCCUCAUACUAUGGAAGUUUGGCUUCUUCAAGCGGGCCAGCUACUACAGGAUAAUGCCAAAGUACCAUGGUGUGAAAAUCUGCCGGGAGGAGCGGUAUCAAUUCAACAAGGGGUUCUUGAGUGAAGAACUGGAGAAGAAACACUGGGUCACUCGCUGGACUGAAAUGUAAUGCUAUUACUACUGAUCUUGAUGCUCAUAGUUUGGCUGGGAGCAUACCAUUUUAUGGGUUACAUUGAUUUUUCUCCAUAAAAAUCUGGAUUUAUACACUGGAACAUGACUAGCCGUGUCCAUUUCACUCUUCAUUCCUCUUCUGUAUUGUUUUUUGUGUCACUUUCAUGAAACUUUGUUUCCCAGUGAAAUGUCAACCGCAAUAUCUUUUAACACAAUAUAUACUGUAUAUAGCGAUGGAUUCUGAUCAAGCAACUGUGGUUCUUGUUGUUUUGUUUUGUUUAUUCAUCUUUGUUUCAUGUAGCAAUCUAAUUUUAGUA